AAAUACUGAGGUGUGUGUGUUGAGUUUCAGAGAUGGCUGACAGAACGAGUAGCAGCAGUGGAGGCGUCAGCUCUCGUCUGACCGUCAAGAGGAAAGACAGAGCAGAAAAUGAAGUCAAGAAAGAGGAGAAACCUCCUAAAGAAGGAGAGAAUGCCGAGAAGACGCCGGUGGAGAAUGGAGAGAACACAGAGAAACCAGAACCCAUGGAGCUGCCGCCGUUUGAGAUCAUCAGCGGGGAUCGCAUGGACCCGUUUUUCUUCAAGUUCCAGUUCAAGAAUGUGGAGUACUCUUCCGGCCGGAACAAAACUUUCUUGUGUUACCUGGUGGACCAGGGGCCCGGUGCCAGUGGGCUCCUCAGGGGCUUCAUCGAGGACGAGCACGUGAGCGGCCACGCCGAGGAGGCCUUUUUCCAGCAGGUGCUGCCCAACUAUGACCCCGCCCUCAAAUACACCGUCACCUGGUACAUGUCGUCCAGCCCGUGCUCCGCCUGCGCCAUGAAGCUGGCUGAGAUCCUGAAGGCCAGGAAGAGCCUCCAUCUGUCCAUCUACUCCGCGCGGCUCUUCGAGUGGGAGGAGCCUGAGAUCCAGGCGGGGCUAAAGGCGCUGGCGGCUGCUGGCUGCAAACUGCGCAUAAUGAAGCCGCUGGAUUUCACCUACACCUGGGACACAUUUGUGGAGAACGACGAGCAGACGUUUAUGCCGUGGGAGGACUGCCAGGAGAACUACGAGUAUUACCAAGACAAACUGGCUGACAUCCUGCAGUGAUGAUAAGGAAGCGAUUGCUGACGAACACGUGUCCAGAAGUGAAGACUGUGUUUAUGUGAUUGAGAGAGAAAUGUGUGCCAAAAACACUGUUUUUUCCUUCUGUGUCCACACGCUGAUAAAUACUAGAAUACUGACGGAUUCAUUCAGUAUUUUUAUGUUUCCUGUAUUUCUGUGAAGAGGAUUUAUACUUUUUAAUAAUUUUUUUUUGUUUGAAUGAGUCACUUUGCGUGUACAUUCUAUUUUGGUGCGACAUGUUUCAUAUUUCAUACUACAGUUUUAUAUUCUGAACUUUAGCUUAUCAUUUUAUAUUCACACUGGUCAAAGUACAAAUUCAUACAGAGCACUGUGAAAUAUGAUUUAGUAAACUGAAAAUAAUGUUGCAGCUAUAUUUGAAAUAGUUGGAAAUAUUGUGCAAUAAAUAAAUAAAU